AUGCGCAGGCCGCCAGCGACUUUUGUGGUGCCAAGUAGGGCGAUCAGGAACACCGGAGAAAACGUAGAAUAUAGAAACAGCUUGAGCGUGGAAAAUCUGGGAAAGCAUCUAUGGAAAGAACGUCGGCAACGAAGGCGCUACGUGCCGCCGCUUCCAGACGCGAAUCGGCACUCGAGGCAACGAGUGCCUGUUGCACCGGCACGCUGCCGGGGGUUGCUCCUGUGUUGUCAAGAUUGCAGCGAGUAUGAAUUGAAGUCGUUCGUCGACAGAGACGAAGACGAGCACGGAACUGGUGGUGGACGCGGCGAGUCCAGCGGCUCGCGCUCGUCACCGAACUUUAUAUCGUGGCGACAAGUGGAUCGAGCCCAGCUUACCCCGCUGUUUCGCCACUUUCUCUCGGUAAAGGAUCGAUUUCCCGACGCAGUGAUCCUUUACCAGUGCGGUGACUUUUUUGAGACAUUCUUCGAUGACGCGGUGGUUUUACAUGAGAAACUUGAGCUUGCCCUUACUGGAAAGGACGCGGGAAAGGAGGUCGGUCGGGUGCCCAUGGCCGGUGUCCCGCUAUCCUCUCUGGACCGCUACUGUGCUGCGCUCCUGGAACAUGGAUAUCACGUCGCUGUCGUUGAGCAGGUGGAGCCAGCCAACGGGCGUUCUGGUGGUGAUGGCGCUCUCGUGCGUCGCGAGGUUACCCGAAUGCUGACCCCCGGCACCGUUCUCGAGGAAGGCCUUCUGGAUGCUCGCUCCAAUAACUACCUCGUCGCGUUAUGGGGCCAGCGCCUGACAUCAGUACGGGGCGACGUGGAUCGCCGAUCGCCCUCCAAAUCCAGUAGAUGUACAGCGGAUGCUACCAAUUGGUUGUUUGGCCUCGCAUACCUGGACGUAUCCACGGGUGAUUUCGGAUCGACCGCUGUCGAGAAUGAUGUGGAGGAUCUUCAGGCGGAGCUCGGACGACUGCAUCCCGCAGAGGUGCUGCUAACCGAUGAUAUUUCUGAAGAGGUUUCCAGCUGCCUCGAGGGUGUUCUGGAGCGCACGUUCACCACGAAUGGAUGGAGAGCGUCGAUCACCCGGAGGCCCCGCGCAUUUUUUGAUCUGGAAUGUGCCCGGAAACGAAUCGAGGAGCGCUUUGGAUCCCAGCUGGAUAGCGUCUUUGAUGAGAGGCAGCUCAAGAGUAUCGUCCAAAUUCGGGUGAUCGGAGCGCUCCUCGCGCUUGUCAACGAAACCCUGGAGCGCGCCCAAGCACCCAUCGCUUUUGCAAUGCCCCAAACAGCAGCAAAUGCAACACCAUUGGAGCCUAUUGUUUCGGGAAACCUGCUCACUCCAUUGCAGCCACCAAGGCCCUACCAGAUUCAAGGAAGCAUGAUGCUCGAUGGAACAGCACUCCGCAAUCUGGAAAUCGUGCACCCGGCCCGGGACAGUCGCAGCCGCCGUGGCACACUGCUCUGGGCGAUGGAUGCAACGGUCACCGCUAUGGGUGCCCGACUCUUGCGUCGCUGGCUCCUGCGACCGAGCCGGGACCUCGAAACCAUCCGGUAUCGACAGCAGCAGGUGCAGCGGUGGCAGCGCGACCAUCUCCAGCGUGAACGCCUGCGUCGACUCCUGCGCGGUGUUGCCGAUAUAGAGCGCCUCGCGGGAAAAGUUGCCACCCGGAGAGCGAAUCCCCGGGAACUUUAUGCUCUCGCCGCAUCUCUCUGCCGGUUGUCGACGCUUCUUUCCGAGGUUGAGGCGCGAAUAGGCGCAGGCACUGGUUCUGCUGAAGCUCCCUGCUGGCCUGCAGCGGCGAGCAGCGCUACCAAGGAUCUGAUCAAACUCGCCCAUCAAGUCGUAUUCGAUGCCUUUCUGACGCGGGAUAAGGAAGAGGGUUCUCCGAGCGCCUCUGAAAGCGCUGUUGCUGGCAGCACGCUGCGAGGUCGCGAGCCACGCGGCGUUGCGCUUUCACCACCGCCGCCCUACGGAGUGCCAGUCCGUCUGCCGAGUGCUGCUGAAGAUCGACCCAUCUUUCGCAGCGGCUUCCACGCGGAACUGGAUCUUUUGCGCGAACAAGCUGCAGGCGAUCUCGCCUGGAUCACUGCCUAUGAAGCGCAGGAACGUGAACGCACCGGAAUCGCAAGCUUGAGGGUCAGCUAUCAUAAUGUCUUCGGAUAUUAUAUCCAGAUCCCGAGUCGUUUCACGAACCCCUCGAAUACAUCUCAAAACGGCCGCUCGCAACCGACUGCGCUGCCCACAAACUACGUGCGUCGACAGACGCUCAAAUCCGUUGAGCGGUACGUCACACCCGAGCUUCGAGAACGGGAGCAACUGAUCCUCGGUGCACGAGCACGAGUCGCUGCGCUAGAGUGUCGCCUCUUUUACGACCUGCUCGAGCAAUUCGGUGCUGCAAUCGACACCAUACGCAGCAUGGCGUCGUGGGUGGCGGAGCUGGACGUACUGCUGGGUUUCGCUGAAAUCGCCCUCGAACGCAACUAUACCAUGCCGGAGGUCGUGGAUUCGUCAGACCCGGUAAGCGGUCGACUCGUGGACAUCGAGGAUGGGCGGCAUCCGGUGGUCGAGUGCACGCUGCCGCCCAACGAGCGCUUUGUGCCCAACUCGCUGCGUAUAGGUGACGGAACCGUUGAUAUGGUGCUCCUCAUGGGCGCGAAUGCCUCAGGCAAGAGCGUUUUCCUCCGCCAGGUCGCUCUGAUUCAGAUCAUGGCCCAGUGUGGCUCGUUCGUGCCAGCGAAACGUGCUCGACUGGCGCUCACAGACCGCAUUUUUACCAGAGUCGGAGCGGCCGAUGACAUCGCCGCCGCAAAGUCUACCUUUGUGAUGGAGAUGGAGGAAACCGCCACCAUUCUGCGCCACGUUACACCAAACUCACUUGUUCUUCUUGACGAGGUCGGACGGGGUACUUCAACCGCGGACGGUCUAGCGAUUGCGCAGGCCGUGACCGAGUACCUGGUAAGCGAGGCAGUGCGAGCCCGGGGUAUUUUCGCCACCCAUUUCCAUGAGCUGGCACAGCUCGAGCAUGCCUUUUCCAAUAUAACCUGCUUUCACAUGGCCGUGAUUGAGCGCUACCCAACUGGAAACGUCGAGCCUGCUAUCGUUUUUCUCCAUCGCCUUGAACGGGGCGCCGCGAGUCGCUCCUUCGGGAUCGAGGUUGCCCAGCAGUGUGGGCUUGUUGCGGCCAUUGUACAACGUGCUCGUGAGCUCGUUCGGGAUGACUCGUCAGCGAACCACGAGCCGCCAAAGGGCCCGGGGACGGCCACGGAGGCUGCGCAGGCCAGCAACGUGAAAGUGCAGGUUCAGCGGAUGCAGCCGAGACGAUGGCGACCGCGAAACAAACCCAGCGAUCUUGAUGCUGGUUUCUGUGCAGCUCGGGUUUGA